AUGGCCGUCAGGCAAAAUAGACCCCGGAGGGCCUCGGGGCAGGAUACGGCACUAGGCCUCUCGGACACACGCUCUCACCGGCGCAUAAGCAAAGCCGGGACCCUAACUCCAGCGACGCACGCUACUAACGCACCUGACCUUAUUCCUGGCUACCGGCAAAGCACCAAGUGCCUCUCCCCAACCAAUACUGCGGUACGAGCGACUGUGAAACGGCACACCACAAAGAGACAACCUGAAGUUGACCCCCAAAAUGAAAACACCGGGCCACGUGACCACUAUCAAGGGACUCAUAACAACAGCCCAAGGGUCCUGCCAACGCUGGGCAUAGUCUGA